AUAAACCUAUCUUGGUAGUUGUAGUUCCCGUAGUCAGACUGUUUCAUUGUAGCCUUCAUGAGGCGGAUUCUGCUCAGCAGAGGGAAGUAGAUAUGAAAAUAGGGGCCAGGAUUGUGUGAAUUUCUGGAAAUAUGUCCAAGAAAAGGGGCAGAAAGCGUAGCAGCGGCGAGCUGAGUGAGAGUUCGGGUUUGUCUCUGUCGUCGACCCCAGACGCUAACAACCUGCUGGGCCUGCGGAUUGAGCACAAUUGGAGGGAGAAGGGCAACCUGACCAAGUGGAAAGGCACAGUGCUGGAGCGCCUCACCGUCAACACCUCCCUGUACAUGGUCAAAUACGACGGCUUCGACUGCGUCUAUGGCAUCGAGCUGUUCAAAGACGAGCGGGUGUCCAACCUGCAGGUUUUAACAGAGAAAGUCGUAAACAACAAGAUCAAGGUGCCCCACGAUGCGCCAGAGCUGGUGGGCAAGGCUGUGGAGCACCUGUUUGAGAAGGAGGACGGUGAGAAGAAUGAGUGGCGGGGCAUGGUGCUCUCUCGCGCCCCAGUCAUGACCAACUGGUACUACAUCACCUAUGAGAAGGACCCUGUGCUCUACAUGUACCAGCUCUGGGACGACUAUAAGGACGGAGACCUCCGCAUCCUGCCUGAAGCUGAGAACAAACACCUGCUGCCUGCGGACAGGAAGCCAGGCGAGGAGACGGAGAGCCUUGUGGGUAAGCAGGUGGAGUACGUCACUGAUAAGGGCGUGAAGAGGACUGGGCUGGUUAUCUACCAGGUUCCCGCCAAACCCUCCGUCUACUACAUCAAAUACGACGACGACUUCCACAUCCACGUUUAUGACCUGGUCAAAACCACCUAGAAUACAACUCGACUCGGUCAAAACCACCUAGAAUACAAAUUCGACUCGGUCAAAACCACCUAGAAUACAAAUUCGACUCGGUCAAAACCACCUAGAAUACAAAUUCGACUCGGUCAAAACCACCUAGAAUACAAAUUCGACUCGGUCAAAACCACCUAGAAUACAAAUUCGACUCGGUCAAAACCACCUAGAAUACAAAUUCGACUCGGUCAAAACCACCUAGAAUACAAAUUCGACUCGGUCAAAACCACCUAGAAUACAAAUUCGACUCGGUCAAAACCACCUAGAAUACAAAUUCGACUCGGUCAAAACCACCUAGAAUACAAAUUCGACUCGGUCAAAACCACCUAGAAUACAAAUUCGACUCGGUCAAAACCACCUAGAAUACAAAUUCGACUCGGUCAAAACCACCUAGAAUACAAAUUCGACUCGGUCAAAACCACCUAGAAUACAAAUUCGACUCGGUCAAAACCACCUAGAAUACAAAUUCGACUCGGUCAAAACCACCUAGAAUACAAAUUCGACUCGGUCAAAACCACCUAGAAUACAAAUUCGACUCGGUCAAAACCACCUAGAAUACAAAUUCGACUCGGUCAAAACCACCUAGAAUACAAAUUCGACUCGGUCAAAACCACCUAGAAUACAAAUUCGACUCGGUCAAAACCACCUAGAAUACAAAUUCGACUCGGUCAAAACCACCUAGAAUACAAAUUCGACUCGGUCAAAACCACCUAGAAUACAAAUUCGACUCGGUCAAAACCACCUAGAAUACAAAUUCGACUCGGUCAAAACCACCUAGAAUACAAAUUCGACUCGGUCAAAACCACCUAGAAUACAAAUUCGACUCGGUCAAAACCACCUAGAAUACAAAUUCGACUCGGUCAAAACCACCUAGAAUACAAAUUCGACUCGGUCAAAACCACCUAGAAUACAAAUUCGACUCGGUCAAAACCACCUAGAAUACAAAUUCGACUCGGUCAAAACCACCUAGAAUACAAAUUCGACUCGGUCAAAACCACCUAGAAUACAAAUUCGACUCGGUCAAAACCACCUAGAAUACAAAUUCGACUCGGUCAAAACCACCUAGAAUACAAAUUCGACUCGGUCAAAACCACCUAGAAUACAAAUUCGACUCGGUCAAAACCACCUAGAAUACAAAUUCGACUCGGUCAAAACCACCUAGAAUACAAAUUCGACUCGGUCAAAACCACCUAGAAUACAAAUUCGACUCGGUCAAAACCACCUUGA